GUGAAAAGGGGCCUCACCUAAGUGGCCUCAAACGGUGAGGCUUGAAGAACAAAAGAACAAUAAGAGCCUUUUUUGAGGACCCACCAAACCAAAAUACUCGAAUUUUAUUGGAUGUAAAUCCACACUUGCCGGAAAACGGAGAAACCAUAGCCCGCAUAAUCCUUCGUUGAAAGCCCACCAUGGCAAAGCAGCAGCGCUCCGACGAUGAGUCAGCUGCUUUGGUACGGGGCUUUCCGGCAGGGAUCAAUCACCAGGGGCUGGGUGUCUCCCAGUACGGAACGCUUGACCUAUCACCACUAUCGGACUACCCCCUCAGCUUCGAUUUUAAUCAUACCGACCAGUCGCCUGCCACACCUCCAGCUUUUGCGACUCCACGUGACUGCCACAGCCUCUCGGAGAUCGACGCCUUCGGUCACUCACCCACGCCGGCCCUCACCCAUGGGUCCAGCCCCGACGGCGAGAUACCCCAAUACACGGGCCCAGUUGCCAUCGCCGCUUCCAUUGAAGGGAAUGUCCCCCGGCGCCAACGACCGCCCAGCCUCCAGGAAUUCGUCUGUGAUGUCUGCUCGGUCCACGUUAGAGGCGUCAGGUCCCGAGAGCGCCACAUGAGGGAGGUUCACGGCGACAAGGGGUACCAGUGCCGAUGCGGACACCGCUGCUCCCGCAAGUCAAACUACAUUCGGCACCUCAAUUCGUGCAAGCUCCGCCGCGGACUCCGGGACGCUCAGCAGGCCCAUUUCGUCUGCCAAUGCGGUGAGCAGCAGACCGAGGUGGGGGCGCACACGGCGCACAUUGCCGAUUGCGGCCGGCAGCGGGUCGGCCGCCCCGCCCGUGGUGGCCGCUAGGGCCCUUCCGUGGCCGAAAAUCUCGCUGCGAACGAGCAGUGCCGCUCAUUGUCGCCAUCCCUCCCCCCUGACAUCUCUCCCCUCUGACCUCUUCCUCCUCUGACCUCU